GUCGCUGAAAUCAAGAUCCGUUGCAUGGUCGCGCUGUUUCCGGUUUACAUCGGUCUUUCACUUUCCUAGCAAGAUGGCUGAUCAGAGCGAGCGCGCCUUCCAAAAACAACCCACGAUCUUUCUUAAUCGCAAGAAAGGUCUGGGCCCGAAACGUAGGAAGCCUAUGAGAUACAGCCGCAAUGUCGGGCUUGGUUUCAAGACUCCUCGUGAGGCCCUUGAAGGAACCUAUAUUGAUAAGAAAUGCCCAUUUACUGGCAAUGUAUCGAUUAGAGGACGUAUUCUCACUGGUGUCGUACAAAAAAUGAAGAUGCAACGUACUAUUGUUAUACGCAGGGAUUAUCUACAUUACAUUAGGAAGUACAAUCGUUUUGAGAAACGUCAUCGUAACUUGAGCGUCCAUCUUAGCCCUUGCUUCAGGGAUGUAGAAAUUGGUGAUGUAGUCACUAUUGGUGAAUGCAGACCUUUAAGCAAGACAGUAAGAUUCAAUGUAUUAAAAGUUUCAAAAGGAACAGGAUCAAAGAAGAGUUUCAAGAAAUUUUAAACAUCUCUUUUUCUAAUAAUGAACAUUACCAGAUGAGGAUGUGAAGGAAAAACUGUAAAAUUUUACAAUUAAAUACAGUUAUAAGGAUUACACACAAA